AUGGCUGAUACAGACUUGCGCAAGCUUGAACUCGAACCACGACCAUUGAACAGACUGUCAGACCUUCGAAGCUCAACUAUGCAACCGGCAAGCGACGCUUGGCAGAAGCUCGCACACGAAUGCGUUCACAGCGCUAUCUACGACUCAAACGAACAUCUUACUUACUCUCACUGCCUCCCAGGCACCAGAGUUGAGCUACUUCGAUCGGUCAAGGAUCUGGCUGGCGACGGCAGGCGCAAGAUCAUCUGGAUCUCGGGCGAGUCUGGGUCUGGCAAGUCUACUGUAGCCCAUACUCUUGCCGACGACCUUCGCGGAGAAGGGAAGCUCGCAGCUGCGUUCUUUUUCUCCAGAAAACACACCAAGCGCAGCACGUUCGACUUCGUCCUCCUCACACUUGCCUAUCAAAUCGGUUUACAGCAUCACAUUGCUAAAGAAGUCAUCGUUAAAGCCAUCUCCGAUGACCCCGCACUUCUCUCUCCGGAAAAGUCGUCCAACGAGGUAUUAGAGAAGCUCGUCAUCGAGCCUCUGAGAGAGUCUGCUUUGAGCUGGGAUGAUAAACCCGGUGUUUCGAUCAUCUUGGACGCUCUUGAUGAAGGCACUGCUACUAAUUCGAAAAGCGCUCGCAAAAUCUCACCCUUCAUUUCCCUUCUCGGACGUCUUAUCACGGAUUCUUCCCUUCCUAUUCGCAACGUCAUCAUUUUCAGCCGCCCAUGGCCUCAGAUCAGGUCGGCUAUGAGCAGUCUGCGUGCACCGAACAUCGUCGAGACCGUCCGUAUGGAAGAUUACGGUUCGUACGAGGAUGUCACUCGCUUCUUCCGACACGCAUUCGACGAGAUUUAUGACAAUCAUUUUCUGGAAUCUCUCUUCCGUAAACCAUGGCCCCCUGAAGCCGAGCUCGCAAUGUUAGCAGAGCGAGCCCAAGGCCGCUUUAUUUUCGCAGCAACUGUCAUUCGCUUGAUAGAUCAAGAAGAACCCAACAAACGUCUUCGAUUGGUCUGUGACAUGUUACGCGGCACCUUGGCGAGCGUGUGGGGGAGCAUUGACCAACUGUACUCCUCCAUCAUCGACGGAGUUGACCCGACCAUUCGCGCGAAGGGUCUGAGAUAUCUCAAGCUGAUAGCUAACCUCGCCGAGCCUCUCGCUCUCUCUGAGUUGAAUACACUCCUAGUCGGAGACGUUCAUGCCUUCCUGGUUCCAUUCUCAGCCUUGAUUUCUAUCCCGUCUCCCGGGACGAACGAGGCGGUUGAGACCUUCCACCCAUCCCUUCGUGAUUUUUUACAGGUUUACCAACAGGAUUUACAGGUUCAUCAGCAAGACGAACAGGAGCAUGUUCAUUUUUCUUUAGCGUUUUCUUGUUUUCAGACUAUGGGAAAGCUGCUGAAACGCAAUAUUUGUGGGCUUAGCGAUCCGUCGUUGUUGCAUGACGAGGAUCUGAAGUUUGCCGAGAAACGCGAUGCCAUUCCUCGAGCGCUACGAUAUGCUUGCCUCUACUGGCUACAUCACCUGAAACUCGCUCCCCGAAUUGAUGCGGUCCAUGGACACUUGUCAGACUUUCUCCAGCAGCGCCUUCUGUUUGUCAUUGAAGCCUACGCGGUACUCGGUGAACUGGGCCUUGGGGUAGGGAUACUAAGAGAGGCUCGAAACACCAUCUCGGCUUGGGCAGACAAUACCUUCGCUCAAAAGGAUGUCGCUGUCUCUCUGCUACACGAUAGCUGGCGGCUCGCUCUGGAUUUCUUCGAUCCCAUCAGCGUUUCAGCUCUGCAUGUAUACGAGUCUGCCCUUCCCUGUACCCCGGCAAAGUCCACGAUUCGUCGCAUCUACAAGCAGCAUCUGGAACAAGGAGCUGCUUUUGAGUUUGAAGAAGGUCUUGAUGAGAAAUGGGACUGCGUCCUGCGGGUAAUCGACUUGAAGAAGAAGGUUGACAAAGCAGUCCUAUCGCCCGAUGCAUCACAAGUAGCUGUUUGGGUCGGAAUUCGCUGACGGUGUGGGACACAGCCACAGGAACUCAUGUUGCAACAGCCCCCUUUGGAGCUGCAGCCUAUUAUAACGGCUCCAACGACGACAUCCUCCACGAUUUUGCACACAAUAACUCCUGUACAACAACAGCCAUAAGUGACGGUAUUUUAGAUGGCACAAUAAGAGUCUGGAUUCCAUCUAGCCGCGCAAUCAUCGCAUAUCGCAGGGAUGGAACGUUAGAGUCGUCAUCGUGCCGAAUUUGCCGUCGUAUAGCGCUCUCUUCUGAUGGAUCUACAAUUGCAUGCUUCUGGACCGAACUUGACGAUCGCUACGCAAUAAUCGCUAUCUACGACAUUGCUACCUUU